AAAAGCUGCAAGAUUAUCUUCUCCGGUGCGCUGCGUGGGUGCUGAAGAGAGCCAGAGCAGCGGGUGGGUGGCGGCAAUGAAAUGAAGAAAUGCUCGGCGUCGGCGUUGCGGUUGGUGUAGGAGGACUAGGAGCGGCCGCUGCCUCUGCGCCUCCGCUCUCCUCCUUACCCUCCCUCUGCCGCCGCCGCCGCCAGGUCCAGCGCUGCUCCUGGUUCUGCAACCCUGCUGCUGCUGACGAAAGAAGAGACAGUAGCACGAGCAGCAGGGCGACAAGGAGGCGGUGGUGGUCCGACGCCUACCAAGACGACCUUGGUGAAGAAGAAGAGGAGGAUGCGUUCCCCAGCUUGGGUGGGGAGCUGUUCGACGAGCCAUGGUUCUCCAAGGUUUUUAAGACGUACGGGUACCUGCUACCGGUGAUGCUGGCGUCCAUGCUGGUGGCAACGGGGCCAAGGGCCUUCCUGAUGGCCAUGGCCAUCCCGCUGGCCCAAUCCGCCAUAUCGUUUCUGCUCGACGCCAUUUGGGGAAGGAGGAGGAGGAGCGAGCGCGACAGCCGUUGGAGGCAACAACCGUUUGAAGAAGAAGAGGAGGAGGAUUGGCCCAGCGCUGACUAUGAAACAGGUGGUGGAAGAAACAGAAACAGAAACAGAGACAGCAGCAGUAGCUACCGGUCAUGGGUUUCAGACGAUUUUGAUGCUGCUACUGAUGCUGAUGAUUACACCACCAAGAGCAACAACAACAGGGGAGGUGACGGAGGUAGUAAAAGCAGCGGUGGCGGCGGCGGCUUUGGAGGAUGGGAUGAACUCCUCCAUGACGACGACGACGACGACCGCUCCGAGGAGAAGAAUAAGGCAUCCUCCUCUGGUGGCGACACUAGUACUUACUUCAGUCCCCAAGCGACUGUGGAGGAGGACGUGGAUCCGGAUGAUGAUGCUUCCAGCAGCCCUAGAGUGGGACUAGGAAUGGGAGCUCCGAUAGCAAGGAGGAGAAGACGACCAAGACGACGCAUGACAACAAGAAGUAGCAAGUACAGGCAGGCGCCACUGUUGAUGCGCUUGUUGGUGGCAGUUUUCCCGCUCCUUGGGUCAUGGUUCAGGCUACUCUAAUCAAAUAAUGCUAGCUUGCUUGCUUGCUUCCAUCAGAGCAGAGCAGAGCAGACUACUGCACUAAGCUCGUCUUGUUGUUCAUGGUGGCUCGCUAAUUCCUUCAUCAGAAUACGAAGUGACCCACUGCACUGCCAUAGUGCCAUGCCAUGCUUACAAACAA